AUGAAUCGUCGAUUCAAUGAUACUGCUUUAACACUUAUUGAAGGAUGCUCAAUAUUUGAAAAUUACAGGUCAUUUUCAAAUUCGUCAAUAAAAAUAAUAGAACAGUUGUGUAAUUGCUUCUCCUUAAAUGAAAACGAAAAAGAUGGAGUUUUAUCAGAUUAUAAGUCGUUUAUAUUUGUAGCUUUACGGAAUGUAGAAACCCAAAAAUGUCCAAUAACUAACCUCCUUGAAGCUAAUAUUGGUUAUGAACACCUAAAAAAAUUAGCAAAAUCCAUUUGCUGUGUUCCAAUUGCAACAGCCACAGUGGAAAGGUUUAGUGCAAUGAAUAGAAUUAUGACGAAACUUCGCAACCGAAUGGAGCAAGAUACUCUUCAAUAUUGUAUGAAAAUUAGUAUAGAAGGCGAUGAAGAUCCACCCAUGGAGUAUAUCAAAGAG